AUUCGCCGAGUCCUAAUCUAAUCUCUUAAUGCUCUGUACUACCUGAGCAACAAAUCGAGGAGAGAACCAUGACGACGCCGACAAGCGCAUAAGUAUUCCCCAUGUCGAUUUGCUACGUGGGAUCGAUGCCGUGAGCAUCCUUCCCACCCGUCCUCGCGUCGAUAUAAUGGGCAAGAAGAAACGCCUCCCGCAAUCCCUAUCCACUGGACGACCUCCAACAACUAGGCAAAGGCCAUUGUCCAUCUCAAGAAGGGAGACUCGGGCCCUCAUCAAUGCUCACCACACGCUCCAGAAGAAACGGCAACAAGCCCUAGCACGAAACGAUGAUGCGGCCGUAUUGGCCAUCGACGCUGAGAUUGCCGCUCUGGGGGGGAUUGAAGAAUACCAGCGGGCUAGCCUCCAAGGGCAGAGAAGUGAUCGUGGUGGUGAUAGCUCACGGCUGCUUCUUAAAUGGCUAGAGCCAGCUCGUGCUCGACUGACAGAGGCAACUUCUUCUUCUCGGCCAUUUCGAAUGCUAGAGGUCGGCGCUUUGAGCACAACGAAUGCAUGCUCGAGCAGUGGGCUCUUUCAAAUGGAACUGAUCGACCUCAAUAGCCAAGAGCCCAGUAUUCUCCAGCAGGACUUCAUGGAACGGCCGCUGCCCGAGAGUGACGAGGAGAGAUUCGACAUCAUCUCACUGAGUCUGGUUCUUAAUUACGUGCCCGAUGCCGCGUUGCGUGGCCAGAUGCUGCUCCGAACCUUGGAAUUUCUCCGUGAACCACCGCUAGAGUUGCGAGAAGACGAACAAAAGCUGUUCCCGUCCCUGUUUCUUGUCCUCCCGCGGAGCUGUGUCGCCAACUCGCGAUACUGUUCCCUCGCCCGACUCACGGAGCUGAUGUCGCUGCUCGGAUAUGUUCAGAUUGAGAGCAAAUUCACGAAUAA